AUGGAAUUCCAGUGGCAGUGGGUGCAGCAGUGCGGAGCGCCCAUCCCGCCCAACGCGGCCAACAUGUGCGUGGGCUGCCUGCGGGCACGCGUGGACAUCACCGAGGGCAUCCCCAGGCAGGGCAGCCUGCAGUUCUGCAAGCAGUGCGAGAGGUAUCUCCAGCCCCCAGGAACCUGGAUUCAGUGCACCUUAGAAUCAAGAAAGCUUCUUGCCCUGUGCCUUAAAAAAAUCAAAGCCUCUCUGAGCAAGGUCCGGCUGGUCGAUGCAGGCUUUAUUUGGACUGAACCCCAUUCUAAGAGGCUGAAGCUGAAACUGACUGUUCAGAAAGAGGUGAUGAAUGGAGCAGUUCUUCAGCAAGUGUUUGUGGUGGAGUAUAUAGUCCAGUCUCAAAUGUGUGAAGACUGUCAUAGGAUUGAAGCCAAAGAUUUCUGGAAAGCUGUAGUGCAAGUCAGACAAAAGACUCUGCACAAGAAGACUUUCUACUAUUUGGAGCAGCUGAUUUUAAAACACAGGCUUCAUCAAAAUACACUUCGCAUCAAAGAAAUCCAUGAUGGCCUGGAUUUUUACUAUUCUUCAAAGCAGCAGGCCCAGAAGAUGGUAGACUUCCUUCAGUGUACAGUUCCAUCUAGAUCAAAAUCAUCCCAGCGUUUGAUCUCACAUGAUAUUCAUAGUAAUGUCUACAAUUACAAAAGCACUUUCUCUGUGGAAAUAGUCCCAAUAUGCAAGGACAAUGUUGUCUGUCUGUCACCAAAACUGGCACAGAGUCUUGGCAACAUGAGCCAGAUCUGUGUGUGCAUCAGAGUAACAAGCACCAUCCACCUCAUUGAUCCCAGCACUCUGCAGAUUGCUGAAAUUGAUGGAAAUACCUACUGGCGUCACCCCUUCAAUAGCCUGUUCCACCCCAAACAGCUGGAGGAGUUUAUUGUUAUGGAUAUCAACAGGGUGCACGAGAAGAAGAAAGGUGCAGGUGCAGGGGCAAGAUCGAAGAAGCACACACUGGCUGAAGCCUGGGUGAAGAAAACCUCGGAGCUGAACACAGACCAUCAGUAUUUCUGCUGUACUCACUUGGGGCACAUCCUGAAUCCUGGCGACCUGGUCUUGGGAUUCGACUUGGCAAACUGCAACUUAAAUGAUGAGUUUGCCAAUAAGAUGAACCCACACACUAUUCCUGAUGUGGUGUUAAUAAAGAAGAGCUACGACCGUACCAAGCGUCAGCGGCGCAGGAACUGGAAGCUGAAGGAACUGGAAAGGGACAGGGAAGGCACGGACACAGAUGAUGAAAGACAAUACCAGGACUUCCUUGAAGAUCUCGAAGAAGAUGAAGCCAUAAGGAAGAAUGUCAACAUUUACAGAAAUGCAGAUAUUCCAGUGGAGAGUGACACAGAUGAUGAUGGAACCCCACGAAUCAGUCUGGCUGAAAUGCUUGAGGAUCUCCAUAUUUCCCAGGAUGCCACUGGUGGGGAGGGAGCCAAUAUGAUGACAGAAUAA